UAAGGAACAUACUACGAUGUGUAUAGGUUUUUAUCUAUAGUAUAAUUGACACUCUCGACAUACUGCUGGAUUAUGUAAAGAGCGAAGAACAACAUUUGGAUGAUUCCGUAGGAAUAACGCAACUUUCCAUAAUCAAACCAAUUUCAAAAAACAUACUCAAUGAAGUUGUUAGAGACGUUUAAAGGAAUAGUGAACAGGAAUCCAUGUAGAAGCCGUUCAGAAACUAUCAGCCCAAAUGAACCCACAAAUAAAAAUAUGAUUCACUCUUGUUCAUGCCCGCAAUUGUCAAUAAAGGCUUCAAACGCACAGAGUCAUUCAUCGAAUGACAUGUAUACGUCCAGUAAUUCAAAUUGUAAUGAAAACUUUGAUGACUUUGAACAAGAAUUUGUCUUUAUACCACCUCUGACAAAUCCAAAUGUUGAAUCGCAUUGUGAACCAAGUUCGUUUGAAAGUAGUGUCAAGUCUUACGAUAGUUCGCUAUCUUCAUCUUUCGAGGGUAAUAACCAUAAAACCUCUGCAUCUGACGAGGAAUUUCAUUCAUGUUUUGAUCAUACUCAGGCAAACCAAUUAAGCUGUCAAAGGCAGAUUUCUGCUACGUCGUCUGGUUCUGAAGCCAUUGACAUGGAUGAUAUUGAUCAUGGUAAUCUUCAAUUUUCUGAUAUUCCUGCAAUGGCACUCAGUAUAAGGACUAGGACACAAAUGUCACUGCUUCUUAACAUCCCUUUAACUUUAAAUAACGAUUGGAAAAUGCUUGCAGGUGAACUUGGGUUUGAAUAUGUGGAAAUCGAAAACUUCGGCUUACAAAAAGAUCCAACAGGAGCUAUGAUCAGCCAGUGGUCUACAAAGGGAGAUAGCUCUCUGGCAGGAUUAAUGGAUGCCUUGACAUUAAUUGAUCGUUUGGAUGUUAUUAACUGUGUAAAAAAGUUCGUAGGUAAAGGUGGACAAUGUAUAUACUGUACAUAUCUCUAUCAUACGCCAUUGCGUUCAUGCCAUGUCACUACGUUUUUUAUCAGGUGUAAAAGAAUGAUUGUUGUGUUAUCACCAAGAUUCACAGAAAGCCCAGAGUGCGAUUUUCAAGCCAAAUUCGCAUUGAGUCUCACGCCAGGAAAUAGAUUGAAGCGAAUUGUUCCAAUCAUGUAUGAAAUGUGCAGUGUUCCAGAUAUUCUAAGAUUUAUCAGUGUGUGUGAUUAUACUAAAGAAGAUCUUCGCCCAUUUUUCUGGGAACGUCUUGCAGUGGCGCUUGGACUGAAUUGAUUAAAGGGACACUUGUUUAGGUUAAAAACUGGAAUUAUAUUCAUCCGAAAGCAACAAAAUAUACCACCAUAAUUGCUGUACACCUUGGUCGUGGUUAUAUAAGGGUGUUAUGAAUUCAUAUAACACUAGCGUUUCGACAAGCUUGUCGGCAAGUGUACUGUAUAGCUGAGCAUCAUUACUGGCCCAAGUGAUGUACCUUAGUUAUAUCAUGAAGAAUUUUGCAUCCUGCAUGGAAUAUUUAAGAAUAUGUAGAUAGCAGUUGGUUUGUAAGUCUACAUAAUGUAAUCGUUUUUAAGAAAAUCUAUCAUAAACAAUACUAUGGGAAUCAUUCCACAAA